CACGCGGUGCAUUGUGGGAGAAAGAUGGCGCUGCCCCUGUAGAAGUGUCAGUGGAGUGAGGGAAGACACACAAGCAGCGAUGCCGAAGUACUACGAAGAUAAGGAGAAAGAUAAUCACCCUUGUACGGGGGUGCUAGAGGAUCUGAAGAGCUGCCUGCUGGAGAGUGCCUGUGUGCUACAGGAGGGAAAGACGCCAAGGCAAUGUCUAAAAGAAGGCCACUGCAGACCUCUGCAAGUCACCUUUUUUGAGUGUAAAAGAUCAAUUCUGGACAACAGAGCACGCUUUCGUGGAAAGAAAGGUUACUGAAGUGUGGAAGAUGCAUUUGUCUGA